CUGAAGAGCAGAUGCUUGUAGGUAAUGGCUGUUAAAAUCUAGUUAUUUUCAGAGAUUUCUGGAGACUUUGGAGGAAAGGCUAAGUUAAUAUCAGAGAUGCACACAACCUGAGGAACCUGCAUGUGAAGCCAGUUGAGCCCCAGAAAAGCAGUGUGACCACAGAAGUGUCGAGCAGGGAGAAGGCUCUGCUGAACAAGCAGCUAGAGUGAGAAUCAAAACAACCGGACCACAGGGCCAGACCCUCCUUGAUCCACGUGACAUUGGGCUAAGUUAAUAUCAGAGAUGCACACAACCUGAGGAACCUGCAUGUGAAGCCAGUUGAGCCCCAGAAAAGCAGUGUGACCACAGAAGUGUCGAGCAGGGAGAAGGCUCUGCUGAACAAGCAGCUAGAGUGAGAAUCAAAACAACCGGACCACAGGGCCAGACCCUCCUUGAUCCACGUGACAUUGGGGAGGGGCCCCCUGCUUUCCCCAUCACCGGGAGCGGGCGGAGCGUUCUUGAGAAGCUUGGAAGUGAGCUGUGCCUGGCCAGUCUUGGGGGAGGGGCUGCAUUUCAGGAGGCAGCCGCUGAGAAGAAGCUUCAAGCUUUUCUCCUUUUGGAGUGAGGAUCAAGACAACCAGCUCACAGGACCAGAUAGUCCAUGAUCCACGUAACACUGGUAUCUUCUAUAUUGUCACAUUCAAACAACAGACUCAAGCAUCCUUGGGAAAUUCUGCUGGAGGAGAACAGGCUCCACAAGCUGUAAACACUUUGUAGUUCUAAGACAAAGGAGACUUUGGUAAGAGUAUUGCUUUUGGUAGGAACUGCCUUAGCAGUCACGAGAGUAGCCAGACACCUCAGUCUCUGAUAAUAACCUUUUAGCACACAAAUCUAAGGCAUAAUGGAUGCCGAGUAUGUCCUAUGCAAUUGGAAAGACCAGUUAUGGCCAGGAAAAGUUUUGUCCAGAUCUGAGACUUCAUCAAACAAUAAGAGAAAAAAGACAUUUUUCCUAGAAGUUCAAAUACUUUUACUAGAUGAAAAAAUUAAAGUGGAAAGUGCAGAAACAAAGAUCCUAAAUAAAUCUCAGAUUGAAGCCAUCACCUCCUCACUAGCAGCACAGUCAGAGGUCAGUGCUGCACCUAGAGAGGAAACAGCCUAUGCAAGGUCACUAAAAGUAGCACUGGAUAUUCUGAAUGAGAAAAUAAAUUUGAAUCAAGCAAGCAGUUCAUAUGAAGAAGAGGUCACUACACUGUCUCAAAAUGUACUACCAGAGCUUUCUGAUUCACCCCCUCAUAAAAAGUGUCGAGAGCAUGAAGGAGACUUAUCAAAGUGUCUCAUGGAAAGUGAAAAUCCCACAUCCCUGUCAGUAUCUUCAGAGAGUGAUGAUUCCCUGUAUGAUGAUAAAUCCCAGGUGCAUGCGACCAUUGAUAACAUUUCAAGUGAAAUGGAAACAAAGUCAUCACAAAACUCCAGCUGGUACCAAACUUCCUCUUCACUUUCAGAAGAAGAUGAAAAGGAAAGCAAGGAAAAGAUUGACAUAUCAACAAUUAUGUCUUUGCAUUCCACAAUCAAAAAGGAGGAUGCAAGUGUUAAAGAUGAGAAGUUCACUCCAACUUGGCCUUCAGAUUUCUUCACUGUGCCCAAAGCUGUGAAAGAGGAGCCAGAGGACAUCUGCCCAGAGACCCUGGCUGUUUCCUCUGAACGAUCUACCUUCUCAGAGAAUAUUGAAGAUCCUGGAGAGGGUCCCUCGAACCUACACUCAGACACCAGCCAGAAUCAACCUACUGUGGAAUCAGAGAUGGGUGCUGUGGCGUCCCCCAGGCAUGAUUCAUGGGAAUCUCAGGUUUUAUUUAGUGCCUCUAACCACAUUCUGAAUUAUUCACACCUUCUUGUGAAUAAUGAAAGAAGUCUUCAGAGACUGGAUUUUGAGGAACUUGAGGAAGAACUUCAAGCUUCUGACAAGUCAGGGUAUCUAAAUCUUAUUGAUGCUUCUGUAUUCGAUGACAGCGAGGAAGAUGAAGAACUUCCACGCUUAGUUUUUAAUUAUGUGCCACGUUCAUUUGAACCAGGAAUGAUAGUCUGGUUUAAAUAUCAAAAAUAUCCAUUUUGGCCAGCAGUGGUAAAGAACAUCAGGAGAAAAGAAAGAAAAGCAAGUGUGCUUUUUGUUGAGUCAAGCAUGAAUCCUGAAAAGAGAGGCAUUAGAGUGUCUUUUAGAAGAUUAAAGAAAUUUGAUUGUAAAGAGAAACAAGAACUAGUGGAUAAAGCCAGGGAGGAUUACAGAGAAAGUAUCGACUGGUGCAUCUCACUGAUUUGUGACUACAGAGUUAGAUUAGGUUGCGGUUCUUUUGCAGGCUCUUUCUUUGAGUAUUAUGCUGCUGACAUUAGUUAUCCCAUUAGGAAAACAAUCAGACAGAAUACCUUCAGAGACUUAUUUCCAAAGCUGCAUAAUGAAGAUUGUAGGGAACAUAUAGCCAUGACUUCCAAAGCCAAGAAAAUGUCCUUCCAAAAAAUUCUCCCUGACCGAAUGAAGGCUGCUCGAGACCGAGCCAACAAGAACCUAGUGGACUUCAUUGUGAAUGAAAAAGGAACAGAGAACCAUCUUCUAGCCAUUUUAAAUGGCACAAAAACAUCCAGGUGGCUGAAAUCAUUUUUGAAUGCAAAACGUUUUGCUCCCUGUAUUGAAACCUACUUGGAGGAUGAAAAUCAGUUGGAUGAGGUGGUGAAAUAUUUACAAGAAAUCUACAAACAAACAGACGGAAAAAUGCAGGCUCUGAUAAGAGAAGAUAAAGUUAAAUUUAUCCUGGAAGUUCUUCUGCCAGAAGCAAUCAUUUGUUCAAUUUCUAGUGUUGAUGGAUUAGAUUACAAAACAGCUGAAGCAAAGUAUUUAAAAGGACCAUGUCUAGGAUACAGAGAAAGAGAAUUAUUUGAUGCAAAAAUCAUAUAUGAAAAGAGACGGAAACCACUAGCAAAUGAGGCUCAUUAAAUCAGUUGAUAGUCCAAACCAUAACAGGGAGCUUACAUAGAUAAAAGUUUUUAAAAAUCUCUCUAACACGUAAAUACUUUGCAGAAAUGGGAGACUGGGUAAUGUGUGCACUUUUAUCUUUUUUUUGCAAUCACUAUGAUCUAUGAAUAUUAUUACAGCAACAUUUCCUUUUCUUACGCUUCUUCAAAGUGAAUUUUAUUAACAUAUUUCAGCAGUUCUACUUUCCUGGAUAUUUCUAGAUUGCAUAAUUCCUAAAUGAUUUUUAAGGGAAAGUACUAUUUUGGGCAGGUUUUUUUUAUCAUUUUUGUGUCUAUGCUGUAUAGUUAAAUACAGUGUACAUAAUCAUUUUCAUAUUAAGAUUUCACUGGUAUUAGAUAUUAAGCAAGGUAAUUCGAAAAAAAGUCUAAGAAACGUCAAUUAUAUAUUUUUUUGCUUAGUUUUUUAUAAAAAUACCGGGUUUCUCUUAAGAUAGUUGAAUUAUUUUUCCUGCCAUGCCUAUUUAUUUUUGGAAAAACAAUCUCUGAGAUAUAGAACCAAAGAUAGAGAUGCUUUGCUAUAUAUUAUAACUAACUGUAAUUGCUUUUGCAAGAAAACAAUCUUGAAUUCAAAAAUAAAGUAAAUGGUUUAUCUGCAUGCAGCCUAUAUGUGUGUGAAUAACAUCUCAGCUUGCAGAAAAUAAUUUUGGCAGCCUUGAAAAGGAUUGUUAAUUCUACACUUCCCUGACAUUCAGUUUAUGGGAGUGUCUAUUCAAUAGCUGAAUGGUUUCUUAAAACAAACAGGCUUUUAGCUGUUUUCAUAACUAACAGUAACUGUAUCUUAAUAUAGCUGUCUAACCACAUGUGGAAGGCAGCUAGAGUGAUUGUAUUCACAGUCUGGCUACUCCAGAGUAUGAGUCCAGGCUGACUGCUUAAGAGCCCAUCUAGUUUGCUAUAAACUGUAGAAAAUUCAAGUACUUUGUUCUGAGUCUUCUAUCUCUAAAUAAAUAGUCAUUUGUUUCAAACCAGGCAAUCGGUAUCACCUGGCUUAUUCGUAGAAUAGUUCCAAUUGGUUCCAAUAAUAUAAAUGUCAAAUGGUAAGUCAUUCCAGGCUACUACAAAGAGUAGAUGGACCAGAAUCUGUGAAUUUGGAAAUGGGUCAUAGAAAAAGCCUCUAUUUGGCUUCAUAUGACAAUUAUCCUAAUAUUUUAAAAUACACAGUUAAAAGUUAAAAUCUAACUUGAAACAAGACUCGUAUGAAAAUAAAUGUUAGAAGGGCUACUUUAUUUUAGAAACUUGACAUGAAAAUAAAUACUAAAGGCUUAAUAUGUACUUAUCUCCAUUUUAACUCUUAAAAGUGAGACAACUGUUACUCUUGGGUUUUUGUAAUGUGUUUAUAUGGCCAAUUGUUCAUGUAAACUUUGCAAAACUUUAAUGGAUUGAUUUGUAAUAAAACCGUUAUAUACUUCACCUUGGAUGUUCACUUCAUUAUACUUCAGAUGGUGUAGUUACAUAGCUGGUCUCUCUCUCUCUCAUACACACACAUACACACA